AUGGCAUCAUCGUCGGCUGCUCAUUCAACUUCCUCGCCUGAUCCUGCUCGGCAGAUACUCUCAUUCUAUACCGCACAGCUCUUCUGUCGUCUCCUGAUUCAUGCUGUCAGCAGCGAGCGACAGUAUAACUUCGAUAACUGGAUAUGGAAACCAACCUGGCAGGUCAAGUGUCGCAGCCCUAGAAGCGGUCGUCGCAAGGAGCGGAGGGGUCUCGGUCUGGACGACUCUAUCCGCUCUUCCGGCACGCUCUGGAUCCCUCAUAGCCACUUCGAUUGGCGGAGAGGUCACAUCUCGCUCGAGCUGCUGGUGAACAUCUACAUGUCUCGAAGCCCCCUUCAAGCUAAGCUAGCCCACCAGGCCAAUGUUCAAGCACUUGCCACGAACCAAGUGACCACCGAGUUACUGUUCCAACGGCUAGUUCGAAAUGCUCGGACAGAGUACGAUCGGGGGCGCAACCGGGACGCAGAGAUUCUUGCCGACCGUGCCGUCGCUCUUGCGGUGGAAGAGAUCGCCCGUGCUUAUCAUCAGCACUUCCUCGCCAAGCUGCACUCGUACUGGGAUCGACUCCGAGGUAAGAUCGGACGCCAGAAACUGCCGGUCCUGGAUCUGUUACAGCAAGCCCAGGAGGAAUCGGCAGCCGAGACUGGCCGUAUCCCCACUGCCCAGGCUGUUCACGGCAUCUACGCGGAGGCAUGGGACAAGUACCGUCAAGUUACAGCGGAUGAUGAUAGCGACGGCGACAUCAAUACAUCAUCAUCCUCAUUGCGAUCUACUCUGCCUGAGGAGCUGCCUUGUUGGAUGACUACUCGUCGGCGUCUACCUCCCAAGAACAGCUGGUCUGGCUUUCUCUUUGACCAGAUCUUCUGCCGCCCCAAGCCACCAACCUGGAAUGCACUCUUCUUUCUCCAGCUCUACCGAGGAUUCAAGGAGUUUUGGCAGGAUACAUGUGCGCCGUUGGGCCCUUUCGAUGGUCGCUUCAGCCGCCAGAUCGGGUACUAUAUCCAGAUUGCAUUCAACUGUGACCACACCAAGGAAGUCGGUACCAGUCAUGCUCAGGGCACCUGGUACCACGCCAAGCCACCCUUCUUCCAGAUCGUCUGCCCUUCGAACGCCGUAGCUCCAUCCGACGCCAUUGCAAACGCGCGUUGUUCUAUGUCUCCUUUCUUGCCGGCCCGACUUGGGGUAUAG